CAACACUAGACGUUGCCCACCGCCCGCUGCCAAGCAUCAACUCUAUCUGUGCGUAAAAUGCAAUGGCAGCAACAAAAGCUGGGUGCCGGGAAAAGAUGACAACGACAACGACAAGACUCUCAAAAGAGUCCACAAACUUUACGAGGUGAUCAAGAACAAAAACAUGAACCAGGUGUAUGAGGUAAUAGCAGAUGAACUUCCCGAUGCUUACAAUUCCAUCCCUGCAAUACGAGUCUUCCGAGCCAUAUUGUCAAUGUUAGAAUUCUUCUCUCAUAUCUCCAAGACCUUCGUAAACAGCCUGAAAUUCACAGCGAAGCCAACAACAAAAAAUGGAUCGAUGGCGGGUGUUAAAUGGAAAUUAGGGUGGCAGAGAACCCUGAUGACGCUGGGAAAGGGAAUCGAUAUCCAGUCUCACCAUAUCUAUGUAGGAAAAUUGCUUAUUGGUAACAUGGAGAGGAUAAUGGAUGCUUCGGUUCAGCAGAAGCCCAUAGAAGAGGAGCAGAAGGAUUUGAAUUUGGAGCCGUCAAAGAAGAGGCGAGCAGCACCAUUGUAUCUGGGCUUCUUCUUCUUUGUUCUCUCGCUCUUCUUCUUCCAGUUUUCUGUUCGUUAAUGGCCGGCGUUUGAGGUGGCUACUAAAAAAGUGUUUCAGAAUUGCCUUUUGAGCUGACUAUAAUCUUUCAAUUAUGAUACAUUUGAAUCGGGGCUUCAUUGCGUUCAAUAAUCAUUUUAGAUUUUUUAUAA